CAGGAGGAGUAAGCGGAGUCGUCGGGGGAGCUGCGGCAGUUGACUUGCCGCUGUGAAGACGGCCAGAACUAACAGAGGCAUCCAGUAUUGCUUCACGGGCAACAUAAUGGAACAGGCUCAUGUAUUAUUAGCUACAGUUCUACCAGAGGCUUCAAGAAAAUCCCAUAACAAGCAAAGUGAAAAUAACGGAACUCAACAAUAGCAGAGUGUACACACAACAAGCAAAAGAAGUUGUCAGAAUUAAGGCUGGGCCACUUCCUGUAUAAGACUCGUUCCUGAAAGUGAACGGCUGUGACUUCCACUGGCAAAGAGCACAAGCAGAAUAAGAACACUGGCAACUAAGGACUUGUUUAAACACUGGAACUGAAAAAGCAACACUGCUGUACGGCUCAGAGUGGAGGGUUUUUCUAACAAAUCUGAAAUAUCCCAAGGACCCAGCUACUGAAAUGCCUUGAAAGUCAUAAGCCAGGUUCUAAAAAUCAGCACAGAUUGCGACCGAAGGCCAAUACAAGAGUACGGAAAUAGGAGUUACUGUGUUGUUUGCUGUGGAGGCCCAGUCCUGUACUAGGAGGAGUCCAGCCGCAGUCACUGUGUGAACUGGCCUGGAACACUGUAGCUGAUUGUGUGGGGCUGCUUUUGCCACUGACUGCCUGCUUCAUGUGUGCUGUCUAAGAAAUAGCAGCUAGAAGACUAACAGCCCUUCUGAGCACACUCUUAAAUUAGCUGUUGGCACUUGACAACUGUAGAUAACCAAGACGAUGGCUGCCAACAAGAACAAGAACCAGAGUUCUAUGGCCCUGCACAAAGUAAUCAUGGUUGGCAGUGGAGGCGUGGGCAAAUCAGCACUUACACUUCAGUUCAUGUAUGAUGAGUUUGUAGAAGACUAUGAACCUACGAAGGCUGACAGUUAUAGAAAGAAAGUAGUUCUAGAUGGGGAUGAAUUCCAGAUAGACAUUUUGGAUACAGCGGGACAGGAGGAUUAUGCAGCUAUUCGAGACAACUACUUCCGCAGUGGGGAGGGGUUUCUCCUUGUCUUCUCAAUAACCGAAUACGAAUCCUUUACAGCAACAGCAGAGUUAAGGGAACAGAUUCUGCGUGUGAAGGCUGAAGAGGACAAAAUCCCUUUGCUUGUGGUGGGAAAUAAAUCUGACCUGGAAGAGCGGAGGCAGGUGCCUGUAGAGGAAGCCAGAAGUAAAGCAGAGGAGUGGGGUGUGCAGUAUGUAGAAACUUCUGCCAAAACUAGAGCAAAUGUAGAUAAGGUAUUCUUUGAUCUAAUGAGGGAAAUCAGAGCAAAGAAAAUGUCAGAAAACAAAGACAAGAAUGGGAAGAAAAGUGGCAAGAACAAGAAAAGUUUUAAAGAAAGAUGUUGUUUACUGUGAUCCUUAGGACCUGUAAAUAUCUACAGAUGGAAUGAGUAAGACUUACUGCUAAGGAUAUAGGGCUGGAUUCAUGAAAGGAAGUUUGUAUUGACUCCCUUAUGAUAUUUGUAUUCACUUUGCCUUUUUAAAAUGAAAAAAUCUAAUUUGCGAACCAUUAGUCAACAGAAAUGUGAGCCCAUGUACACUGAAAUGGACUCACCUUGCCAGCAACUUUCAAAGCUAGAAUUUUACCAGCAAAUAUGGUUCUUUGGGCAUUUUAUUUCUGUCUGAUUGCAGGAAAUAAUCCCAUGUCAGUUUCAAAGUAGUAGCUUCUUGAUGUCUUUUCAGAUCUGAUCUCCCCCUCCUUCCCCCAAAAAACCACCUGUAUUGGCCUCACCAAACAUCUCUGGUUGUCUUUUAAGUUCAACCGCAUUUUUCAAUGUCUGUAUACUCACUGACUUUGUCAUUUUGUAUUAAUAAUAAUUAUAGACAAACCAAUAUCUGGCAAGACUUUUUGAAGUUCUCACAGUCUUUAAGUGACAUUUUCUCAGACUGUUAGAAGUCUACUUGAAUGCCAACAUUUUGAAGAUUUGGGAGUUGUCAGUCAAAAGCAAAUUAACUGUCUGUCCCAUUAUUAGUCAAAGCAGUAUUCAUGAAUUAAGCCUACCAACUGAAAUCAGAGUUUGGUAAUGCAAUAUUUAGUAUUUAAAUACUGGUUAGUUGUAUUCCCAAUUGGCUUGUUUCCUCUCAUGUAUUUUAAAAACAAAACAAUACAAUUAUUUUUUGGGUGGGGAAGUGACCUAAAACAAUACUGUUUUGUUUUUUUUAAAAAAGGAAACAAAUUGGCACUGAUUUAAAAAAAAACAAACCCAAAAUUUGUAUUAUUCUGUAUUGAGGCUAGACUCAUACAGUUGCUUCUAUUUCAUCUGCUCUUUACUCCCCUUCCUCAAAAUUAUUUUUAACUGUUUAAAGUGCAGAUUGUCUAUUUUGUUAUAUUGUAAUACAUGUAUUCAUGUCAUGGAGAUGUGAAAACUACUGCAUCUCUGCUUUCCAUUUUGUUUAAGAUAAACUUUUUUUCUUUUUGAGAGAGGACAUAGGCCACUGAUCACAAAACUAUGCAAGUGGAACCAGUGAGAGGCUUUUGUGCUACCUCGCAACUUGACACAGUUACUUGGCUAGUAAGUAAGUAAGUUGCUAAAUGUCAGAAACAAAGCUGAAAUGAAGUUAGGCAACUGUCAUGGUUAUUUCCUGUUAAUUUUUAUUGUACUAUUCUUCUGCACAUUUAUCUAAAAUAUGGAGACAUUUUUGCUGAGUUUUGCUGUCAAAGCUGCAGUUGAAGUUACAGUCCUGAACGAUCAGCUACACUCAAAUAGAAAUGGGGGAAAUGUAUGGGAAACAUCAGUAUUUAGCAGUUCUUGUCUCUGUGUCAGAUGUAUUUCACUUAAAUACCUUUUUCAACUUAAUGGUGUCAAUCAAGUACUGUUGCCAAAAAUGUUAUUUCCAUCUUGUUACUGUAGCAGAGAUUGUCAACCUUUUAUAAUUACCCUGCUUCUGGAAUACAUUUUGUACAGUUUCCUAAAGAAUCCUAGAAAAACUCAUUUUUGAAUUAUAAAAAAGAAGACUAAUAUAUUAUCUGAAAACUAAUCAUUUUUCAACUUGUCAUCUGUUUUGUGACUUCAAAUACAGCUACAAUGAGAAAGGAAUAAGAUGUAGAAAGGAGCAGUAUAGUGAAGGAUAUUUAAACAAACUAGUAUUGUUAGCUCAAUCAUUAAAUGGAUGGGAGCAGUGCAGAGGCAGGAAGGGCUUAAUUCAAAAUUUAAUCAAUUAUCUAGGCUUGGCAGAAUUUUUUUUAAUAAUUUUGACAUAGUUAUUUGUAAGCAUUGGUUUUUUUAUUUUUAUUGAUUUUAAAUUUUCACAGUUGCUGGAAUUUGAGGAUGGGGUCAGGCACUAGUUUAGUGACACCAAGAUUCAAAAAAGUUAGUUUUUUAACCAGACGACACAAAUUAAAAUUUACAAAUUAAAUAUCUUUGUCACAUUCUAAUAAGUUCUCAAGUAGCAUUUUUCUUUGGCUGCUUCUCUGUAAAUUUUGAUGAUCAUCAGUGGAAAUAUUUUUUCAUUUGUUUGUGCUUGUGUCGUGACAUCAACAUUUACCAAUAAAAAUCUAAUUCUUCCGGGCCUGAACAUAACUAAUAUCUAGGAUUACCGAAACAUAUUCUUAACAAAUGUGCUAGAUUGCUGCUCUAGCGCAUUCCACUUAGAGAUUUGAAAAGGAAAAUAAAGUUCAAUAUGCAGUGGAUCUUAGGAGGCUGAGGUCCUGCAUGGAUUUCUGCGUUUCCUAUCCCAUUAAUUCAUUGUCUUCCACAUCUUGAUUUUACUUCUUGUCAAGCGACAUAUCGGAGUGGGCGAAUCAUGUAUUAAAUCAAGGUUGCUGUAAUCCAUUUUAUUGUCAGGUUAAAUUCAUAUAUAUUUUUAGGCUGACCAUAUUUUCUAGCCAUAAAAGUUUGAAAAUGUUAGCCUUUAGAACUGGACAGUAAGGGUCAGAAUGGCAUUACAAAGCUAGCUUGAUUAUAGAGCAUAGAAACAUGAAAAUGUAGGAGCCAUUUGGCUCUUAAAAUAUCUGUAAACAAGGUGUUUUUUUAUCUAAACCCUGUGCAAGAGCACUGGGUGCAGUUAGAUGUUACAUAACUAAAGGGAUGCAGUUGGGUGAGAUGUUUAUAACACAUUUCUUUAUAGUGUCACUCAGUAUGUUAAUGCUUAAACUUCUCAUUUUUAAUAGUCUGACUUUUUCAUUGACUGUCCACUCUCUUUGCAUUUCUUGAUCUGAAAAAAAUAGAUAUAGGAGAGUCAGUUUUAAUUCUGUUUAUAGUCUCUCUAUACAAGUCCCUUUGAAAUUCUCAUGGGUAAGCACAGUGCUUCUGUGUUUGUACUGAAAAUAUAGCAGGUAAAUCUUCUUCAUUCUUGGAAUAAACUGUUCUCACUGGACUUCUAGAAAGAUUGAUGCGAACACUGGUAUUGGUAAGCUGUUUCACUAACCUAUGUAUUUUUGGUCCAAAUCUCUCUUCCUAACCUCACUUUAAAAUCUUAGCUGCACUUAAACUUGUAAGAAUGUAUCAUGCUGACCUCUGGUUUUCUUGAAUAGCAUUGAGAGGAAAACAAGCGCAUAAAAUAUGCCUAAUCAAGGUUUACUGGAGUGUGAGAUUUAAUUAAAAGUGAUUUAAGUUGUUCACAAAUCAGAGUGCACUCGGCAAGGGUCUCAAACAGGCAGCUCACUUAGAACUGAUGUAGAAAUGAAUAUGUAUGUUGAGCUAAUACCCAAAGAUCCCAUUAAUCUUUUUUAGAAAUUUUGCAGUAUUUGAUAGGAGAGACUUUUAAAAACAAAACAGAUGAAUUGUUAUUGCACAAGGCAUACUUGUAUGUGUUGUAAUCCCCCAUCAGACUCACUGGGGAGAGAGUAGCACUUAUUCUUAAUGUAGAAUGAGGACAGUGCACUCCAGGUGACUUUCAACAGUAGUAAGAAAUGAUUUUGUCCUUUUGAGUUAGACUUGCUUGUGAGGAAGAUGCUUAGCAGUUUUAUGUUCUUUGCUCACUACUCAGUAACACUUUUUUUCUAAACAUCACAGCAUUUGCAUCAGUGGGGCAGAAGGCUUGAGAGCACAUUCUGUUAAAGCUUUCAAUGUGUUCUCUUUUCCAAAAUCAAAAAGUAACUUGAGAACUUGAUAUGGCAGCUUUUCAGUUUUACCUUUCAGUUAUGACAAUUGCAGAAAAGAGAACUUUCGUGGAAGUCUCUUCUCAGUUCAGUGGCUGUGAACAAGGUACCUUGUUGCUCACUUAUGAAAUUUUGUUUGAAUCAUUUCUCUUCAGAAAUACUUGUGUGAAGAAUUACUAGUCUGAUUUUAAUAUACCAGCCAGGCAAUAAACUGUACCCCUGGCCUGGAAGUUGCAUGGAGGUGAUGCAUUCAACCCCUUGUCUUGAGAAGUGCCUUACACUUCAGCUGUUCUCUGCAAGCAGAGGGAGUACCAGAGUGGCCUCAAGUGAUUUCCUUUUCUGCUUGGCUGGAGGUACAUUGACUCAACAGGGGAUUGUUGAGACUGCAGUAGUAAUGGAGGAAAGAAAUAUGGCUUCUUGUUGUGGGGCUUUAAGAAGGGGCUGAAGGAAACUUUAAUUUCUGAACUCUUCCUAGUCUAGAUAGGCAAUCGUAAUUCAAGUGUGGAAAGUGAAGAGAACUUGGUAGGGAAGCAAACAAGCGUAUCCUCCUACCUGUGUGAAUUAAAGCAAUUGAAGGUUGUACAUCUGCAGAUUUUGAAGGUUAGGUUUUAGCAGGGUUGGGAUCACAGAAAAAACUUUCCCAUCAGAUUAGAAUGACAGAGCUUUCCAGUGAUUAUCUGCUCUCCUUAAAAUGUGGAUGCAUAGAACAAGUAUUUAUGAAAUCGAUGGGAGCCUGAUAGUCAUGCAGGACUAGAAUGGCAGAAGAACUUGAGUAUAUUGCUAUUGGAAAAUGUGAUUUAAAUAUUAAAAUUGGGGGGUAAAUUGAUGGCAUGGGAAUGGGGAUACACAAUCUUUCCUUUGCUGAUGGUCCCAAUACAGUCAUGUAUUAAAUCAAUUAAAUUUCAUUAGAGAAUGUGGUUACACUCUGAAGGCUGUCUACCAUGUCAGAGGUUUCAUUUCUAGCCUGUGUAGACGGUUAUCCACAAGACAACCCACCAACACCCUUGAAUCCUGUCUCUGAAAGGUGCCAAGAAUUAAAUGUGUAUGGAAACUGACCUGACCUCUCAUCCUUGGAAGGGAUCUCUCCAGGUCAGGUUGAGAUGCAUUGAUAAGACAGUGUGGAGAGAAGCUUUCACUGUUGCUAUCCAUUACAUACUUGUUCUGUGGAUGGAUGAAUAUCAGAUAUGUUAAUCCAACAUAUGAGAGAGCCCUGGAUAAAUUCACAUGGGGUUUGUCUGAGUCUGUGGGAAGAAGCACACCUACAUAUUUACUGGGCAUUAUACGUUGGAAUGACUUCAAUGGCAGCCAAUUAAAGUUCCAAUUCUAGCCUGUAAAGCUGUUUGCUAUGCAUUUUAGAAUAGAAUCAAAUUAAAAUAACCUUGGGUAUUAAAAUUACAAAAUUAUCCCACACAUUAAAGCAGUGAGGAAAGUGGGUUUGGUUUUUUUUAUAAUAGCAAUUGAUUUAUGGGACUUGAUUCUGUUACAUAGUUUGCUGGGCUUUUAAAUCAAGGUUCAGCCCUAUGGUCCAUUCUAAUAGCACUUCCACUGUAAACUUCAGACUGCACAGGAAUAGUGGGAGUUAAUUCUGGGGUGAAAAAGGAAAGCUUAUCCUUUUUAUUGCAGCCCCAAGAGAUAUGUUUACCAUAAUGAAGUGAUACUAACGACAGGAAGGAUUAAAAAGAAAUUGCCUUUUUAAAUUAUGUAUGUUAUGCUACACAGUGUAAGUUCUACUUUUCUUCUGUAGAUCAAGAAAAGCUUUGCUCUCAGAUGUUGCACAAACAUUUCUUUAAAUGUUCAUAAAAAGGUAUUUUAGUCAUUUUGUAUUCAUUAUCAUGCUAAUCCAACUGAUUUGUAUUAUUGUUAAUAAAAAAAGAAGUAGGUACAAUA